AUGGUCACCUUUGAGUCAAACUUUGCAGCACGAUAUUUUCAAUAUUUGCAAUGCAUUGACCAAAACCAAAAACAACAACAUUGGCAUCAUCAAAAAUAUCGAGUGGUAAUAGAACAAGUGUGUUUGCGGUGUAAUAUUUUAAGUAUUUCUAAUCCACAACACCCCAUCAGUACCAAUUUCCAAGUAUUCGUUAAUAGUAAAAUCUAUCCCCAACAACAGCGACAACAACAAUAUCAGCGAUCAACUAUUGCAUCACAUCUAUUCAAUUCAAAUUCCAACCUAUCAUUCACCACAAAAUCAUUUCCACAAAACUACAAAGAUCAUCUCAACAACAGCAAUAAUAUCAAGAUGUCCAAGAAAAGAUCUGUUGUCAAAAUAGAGUACGAGAAAGAUGCAAAUGACAAUGAUGAUGACAAUAACACUCCAACACUCUCUGGUUUUCCUGAUCAUAAUCUAAAGGACAAACAAAUAGAAAAUAGUGAAAAGUUAGAAGAAGAAGAAGAUGUAGAAGAUGAUAAAACAACAACUACAACGACGACAACUACAACAUCAACAUCAUCAUCAUCAUCAGCUGACACCAAGAGACCACUGAUCAGUAGAAAGAAACUAAGAGUGUCUACAGAGAAUGUUGUUGAAGGUAGAGUAAAGAAAGCAGUAGAUAAGUUAGAAGCUAAUAGAAAACAUUGGAAAGAAGAAUGGGAUUUGAUAGCAGAGAUGAGAGGUUCGCAAUUGGCACCAGUUGAUUGGGCAGGAUGUGAGACAUUCAAUGAUAAUACACUAGAAGAUAAAGUAUCGAGGUUCCACGUGUUGGUAGCAUGCUUACUUUCAUCACAGACCAAAGAUGCUGUAACCUACGCUGCAAUGAACAAGUUGAAAGCUCAUGGAUUGACUGUCGACAACAUUAUAGCUACAUCACACGAAACAAUAGAAACAUUAUUAUAUCCUGUGUCAUUCUAUAAAAGAAAAGCAAUAUAUCUAAAAAAGAUUGUAAAUAUAAUGAAAGAGAAGUAUAAAGGUGAUAUUCCAGAGGCAUAUAAUGAUAUCAUGAGUCUGCCAGGUAUAGGAUUAAAGAUGACCAAUCUUAUUGUUCAGGCUUGGGGAAGAGUCGAAGGAAUUGCAGUAGAUGUUCAUAUGCAUCGUAUUUGCAAUCGUUUGGGAUGGGUCAAUACCAACACACCCGAGGAGACAACGAAAGCACUUCAAGAUUGGGUGCCAAGAGAUCGAUGGGCCGAAAUCAACAAGUUAUUGGUUGGAUUCGGACAAACUGUAUGCGCACCAACAAGACCAAAGUGUGAAUCAUGUAAGAUCAAUCACCUUUGUCCUACAGGUAUUCAGAAUAUGAAAUCAACACCAACAACAACAAAGAAAGAGAAAUCUAUAAAAAAAGAGAAAACUAUAAAGAAAGAGAAAUAA